AUGAAUAAACUAUCGAAAUGUUUUGAGAUCUCACGACGCGCCCAAGCAGCGUGUUGGUGGCGGCUUCGGCAUCGCGAGGACCCCGAGAAGCCCGUGGCGGACGUGCCGUGGCGGAGGAACCAGAAGCUGCUAAGUGAACAUAGCCACAGGCACAGGAGGAGGAUGCGUGUGAGCGCCGUCACGCUGCUGCUGGGCAACGAGGCGCGCGAGCUGCUACUGUACGCGGGUCUGCCGUUGCCGGAGUUGCUGCGGUGCGUCGCCUCGAUCUUUCCGGCACUCCAGAGGACAGGCAAUGCAGCAACGUCCGUGGCGCUGUGCCACGCUUCCGCGGGCGUCUUCUACCCGCUGUCGCUGCUCCGCCGUUCGCCGGAGCUGUUCGAGCACGAACCCUACUACCUCGUGCUGUACGGUGGGGAGGGCGGCGCGGACGACGUCGACACUUCCCCCGGUGGGUCGAGGUGGAGCUGGCAGCAGACGUUGAGGUUGUUGCUACCGUCACGAGCCUGGCCAAGGACGCGAAGAUCAGCGGUGGACUCCGUCACGGGGAGCAAGACCAAGGAGCCCAAGCCGCCGGGCGCGGACUCGGACGCGCCGCGAGGACCCCGAGAAACCCGUGGUGGACGUGCCGUGGCGGAGGAGCCUGCAAUCCGAGAAGGUGUCGACCGGGUCGAGCUGGAGCUGGCAGCGUAUACCGAGGUUGCACACGAGGAAGUCGAGCAGAAAAUAGAGGUUAUGCAGCUGGAUUGA